GUUCACUCGUCGAGUCGCGCCGAUCACGGCAGCACGUGCCGCGCAGUGAGUGUCGCCUCUGCCGACCGCGCCUGCAGCAGACCGGACCUGCAGACAGGCGCUCGAGGCCCACUCUGCCGUCACCAUGAAGUGCAGCGACAAAUUCAAGAUCGUGGACAGGCUGCUGACCAACUGGUUCAAAAAGCUCGGCCACAAGGUCGGCGAACAUCCGAGCUACUUCAUCAUCAUUCCGUUCUUCUUGACGCUGCUGGCCGCCACCGGGUCGCAGCGCAUCUACUACGAGGAUGACCCCGAGUACCUGUUUUCGCCGGUCACCGGACGCGCCAAGCAGGAGCGCGCCAUCGUCAAGGAGUUCUUCCCGGAUAACUUCACGCGCUUCAACCCCAGCCGGAUGACCGACCUGGGGAAGUUCGUGCGCCUGCUCAUCACCGCCACUGACGACGGCACGCUCAUACGACCGGAGGUGUUUGACGAGAUUGUCCGCCUGGACUCGAUCGUGUCCAACGUCACGAUUAGCAACGGCGAGCGCGACUGGACGUUCGAGGACCUGUGCGCCCGCUGGGAGGGCAAGUGUCUGGGGAACCCGAUCGUGAAGCUGGCACCGUACGUGCCCGAUGUCGUGAGCGGGAAGCUCAACCUGACGUACCCGAUCUGGUUCAGUGAUAACUAUGACAUCUUUGUGUUCCCCGCGUCCCUGGGAUCUCCUGUGGUGAGCGGCGAACAUCUGCAAGAAGUGCCGGCCCUCCAGCUGCUCUACUGGGCUUCUAACCACACCGACUUCGACGUCAAUGUCUCGCUGCAAUGGGAGACCGAAGUCCUGCGUGUGCUCGAGGAGCACAUCCAUACGUUCAGGCACAUCCGGAUCGCUCGGUUCCGCUCUCAGACUCUGCAGACAGAGCUGGAGGAUAACACCAUCUCCAUCAUGCCGUUCAUGUUCGCCACCGUGGCCAUCAUGGUCAUUUUCUGCAUCGUGACGUCGAUGAUGGGUGACUGUGUGCGCUCCAAGCCUCUGGUCGGUCUGCUCGGAGUGGUGAGCGCCACCCUGGCCACCGGCACCGCGUUCGGCCUGCUCAUGUACUGCGGACUGCCCUUCAUCGGCAUCAACCUGGCGGCGCCCUUCCUCAUGCUCGGUGAGUACCCGAG